AAACACAUUCUCGUGAAUAGCGGAUUCGUUUCUCGUCGUCGACGAACAAGCAUUCCACACUCCGUCCGACGCCGUCUGUCAGUCCUGCGUGGUUGUUGUCUGGCAAGCAGUAAAGGAUGUUCGAAUCCCAGAGCCUUUUCUACUGCCAAAAUCGGGUGAAAAAAUUUACACUUAUUGGUGACAUCUGUAAAGUUCAAAAACCUGUCCCAAAACCUAAGUAGAGUUUGUUCUGUAGACUUCUCAACAUCUCGUUCGUCCAAAACAGCUCCGACUCACAUGGUUUAGCCCCAGAAUAGUGAAGAAGGGAGCUUGGUCUGCUGCUGCGUUUUGGGUGAAUUUGGAAGCUUUGAUGCUUCAACCAUCUUGGUAAAGUUCUUAUCCUCCUCUUUCAUUUUCCCUCUCAAUUUUCCAACGUUAGAUUCAGCAUUGAAGGAAAUCUCCCUCUCUAUUUGCUAUCUUGAUAGUGAGGAUUUGAUGUCGACUUGUCUAAUCCUAUGCUACGAAGAAUAGGUUCCUUUUCUUGGUUACCUGUUCUUCUUCUGCAAGACAUUGGUGUCACUGCUCGUUCCAGAACUCCUCUUGUCAUCCUAUCACGUUCCUUUCCUUGUGUUGUCAUCUCCUCUUGUUCUCCAACCUUCUGCACCACAAUUGGCACAGCAGAAAUCGACCCCCAUUUCUUAAAUUUUAUGAGAAAUAAAUGCAGGUUUGGAAGAUUGAAAAGUGUUGAUGAUGCCAUAAGAUUUUUUCAUAUGAUGGUUAAGAUGAAGCCUUUGCCAUCCGUGUUGGACUUCACAUUAUUGUUGGGGGUGAUUGUGAAGAUGAAGCAUUAUACAACAGUGAUUUCAUUUAUUAAAGAAAUGUCUUCCUUAGGUAUAAAAUCUGAUAUAUAUACUCUUAAUAUUGUGAUAAAUUGUCUAUGCCAUUUAAAGCGUGCAGAUUAUGGGUUCUCAGUUUUGGGUACAAUGUUCAAAGUUGGAUUGGAGCCUACUGUAGUGACUUUUACCACUCUUAUUAAUGGAUUUUGUAUAGAAGGAAACUUGCUUCAAGCAAUAAGAUUGCUUGAACAUACAGAAAAGGUGGGGUAUGAAUCUGACAUUCACACCUUUGGGGUGAUAAUAAAUGGUUUGUGCAAUAUUGGUGACACAUCUGGUGCAAUUAAGUGCCUAAGGAAGUUGGAGAAAAGAAUUUGGAAACCAAAUGUUGUAGUUUAUAGCAUGAUUAUGAAUAGUUUGUGCAAGGAUGGAUUGGUAUCUGAGGCUUUAAGCUUGUGUUCAGAAAUGACUAGCAAAGGUAUUCAGCCUAAUGUUGUCACUUACACUUGCUUAAUUCGAGGUCUAUGUAAUUCUGGUAGAUGGAAGGAAGCUAGUGCCAUACUGAAUGAGAUGAGGCAAAGGGGGAUCGUGCCAGAUGUUAAAACUUUUAACGUUUUAGCAGAUGCCUUUAGCAAGGAGGGAAUGAUUAUGGCUGCUAAAAGCAUAAUGGGUUUUAUGAUUCAGAUGGGGGAGGAGCCUGAUGUUUUCACUUAUAACUCAUUGAUUGAUGGAUAUUGUUUGCAAAAUCAAAUGAUUGAGGCCACAAAAAUAUUUCAUUUAAUGGUUAACCAGGGCUGUUUACCAGAUAUUGUAAGUUAUAGUUCAUUGAUCCAUGGAUGGUGUAAAGUAAGAAACAUUGAUAAUGCGAUGCAUCUCUUGGAUGAAAUGAUUAGUAAGGGAUUUAUUCCUGAUGUUGUUACAUGGACUACUCUUAUAGGUGGGUUAUGCCAAGUAGGCCGACCACUUGCUGCCAAAGAACUGUUUUUUAAUAUGCACAAAUAUGGCCAAGUUCCCAAUCUCCAGACUUGUGCCAUAAUAUUGGAUGGACUUUGCAAAUGCCAACUUCAUUCUGAGGCAAUAUCAUUAUUUUCUGUAAUGGAAAAGAGUAAUAUGGAUCUUAAUAUUGUGAUCCACUGUAUUUUGCUUGAUGCAAUGUGCAGUUCUCGAAAGCUCAAUGCUGCACGGGAACUGUUUUCUAGUAUGCCUGCUAAAGGGUUGCAAAUGAAUGUUUAUGCUUAUACCAUAAUGAUUAAAGGUUUCUGUAAAGAAGGACUUUUGGAUGAGGCUGAAAACUUAUUGACAAAUAUGGAAGAGAAUGGUUGCGUGCCUAAUAGUUGCACUUACAACGUAUUUGUUCAAGGACUGCUUCUAAAAAAGGAGACUUCAAUGACAAUGAAAUACCUUAAAAUAAUGAAAGAGAAAGGUCUUGUUGCAGAUGCUGCCACUGCUGAAAUGCUAGUCAAUCACAUAUCCUCUAAUCAAGAAGACAUAGCAUUCUGAUAUUUUUUUUAAUACAAGAAAACUAAUGCAUUUUCUUGCAUGGAUUUAAGAAAGCAUACACGACUUUCAGAAAUCUGAAGGUAUUUCUAUUUUAAUGAUAUGUCUUCUCCAUGUGAAAUAGUAGCUUUGUAUGUAACUGCUAUAUGACUUAAUAAAAAUCCAAGAGAAACUGAAUGACUGUCUCUUUAACAAGACAUUCUUUUGAAGAAUAUACAUUACCUGCUUUCACUUCCUUUAGAUUAUCAAGCGUACAGGUAAAGUCUUUUCCAGCAAGUUGUAUCAAUAUUUGUGCACUAUAUAGAAGUUUAUAAAUUGCAUUUAUGAUGCCUUUUGAAAAAUAAAAACAUAGUUUUUUUUUUUUUAAUAAUUUCAUUGACAUGUGGUGAAUUCCGUUUGGACAAUUUCUGUGGUAUUUCGCCUUAAAGAGCACCAGUCCAAGGAGGAUUGAGGACCCUUCUGUUCGAUAUUCUUCUUAAAGGGUACUAGUUGGUCCACAUGCAGAGUAGAAGACCCUGCUUUUCUUCCUAUUAUGCAAGUUUCUAAUUUCCUUUUACCAAAUGUCAAGGAUCUACUAUUCUUCAUGAUCAACUUAUUAUGAAUUUUGUGCUUUGACUGUUUCAUGUUUUUACAACUUGAACAUGUUUUGCUGAUGUCAUUUAGCUUCAUGUGCACCAAUGAUGGUUUUCAUUGUGGCUUCAAACUAAGUAAAAACCAUGUAUGGGAUUUUAAAUUGAUUUUGCACUUAAUUCACUGAACUUCAUGCCACUUUGGAAGUUUUUGUUCUUCCAAAUGACUUGAUAAGUUUUUGGUGAAUAUCUUUUUGAAGGUCAGUCUAAUUUACUACAAGCUGCAUUUUAACAUGUACUCAAUGUGAUUGUAUUUGAAAAUGUUUCUCAUUUAUUUUUAUAGAAAAUUACAGUUACAAUGAUUUCAUUCUUUUAUUCAUGCUGACCCUUUUUUUAAUAGUAAUAUUUUCUCCUGCAAAGAAGUGGCUCUUAUAUCUGAAAUGCUAGAAUGCUAAAUAUUGAAGGUUAUUGGAUCAUUCAACAUCUAGAGUUCAAAAUUAUUUAAUCUGGAGCUUAUGAAUUUUGAUACAACCCUCCCCAAAAUGUUAAUGAAACUACAGAGAAAUGAAUCCAAAGUAGGCACUAAAUGGCAAAAUACUGAGUUUUUGCUAUUAAUGCUUGGAUAUCCGAAUCAGUAUUACAAAAGGACAGACUGAUUUUGGCCAAAACCCUAUUCCCAUACACAAGUACAAUGAAAAAUAAAAGACAGAACAGAACAAAGUAAGGUCCCUCACUGUAUUUGAGAGACCAACAAUCUCCUCACAACUUUCGAACCUCACAAAACAAUGACUGAGAGCACCCAAAACCAGAUACAAUGUACUAGUAGCAGCCAAAAAGUGAACCACGUGUUUAGCCUGAGAUUAAAGCCACUCUACAGUAUCAUUGCCAAUCCCUGAUAGCCUGGACCCUUAGGAUAAUGACCUGAACCUGUCACUUCUUUCUGCUCUAACCCUUGUUUCUCUUUUACUUUCCUUUUAUAUGUUUGAGUAAAACCAGCAGCUAAAUCAAAUUUCUUCCACCUGGUUCAAAGGGCAUAAUGAAAGUCAGGGGCACACAACUGAUGAAAGGAUACUACAAGAAGCUGUUGGUGUCCUUGGUCCGCAUUGAGUGUGCCAUUUGACAAUGAAGUAGCUCUCCUUUGCAAAGUACUCUGGGUUUGUUAGAAACAAGAGGCCUUUGAUGAGGAUGGCUGGCUGAAUACAAGAUAAAUUUUUUAUUAAUGAUUUUUUUUUUUUAAAGUUGGGAGGAUCUCCUCAUGUGGACUCUGUUGCUUGCUGGCCUCAGCAGAUGAGGCAAUAAUAGGAUGAGGGAGUGCCAAGUUUGUGGAAGUCGCUCUAGCAAUCUGCAUGAUGUUUGAGACUGCAUAUCUCGCAUCUAUAGAUUGACUGUGAAUCCACUUACUUGAAGGGAGAUGUGCAUUGCAUGGAACAUUCUUUUCGACUGUCGAGAUCUUAUUUGAAUAGCCUAGAUUUUGGAUUUUGUGCUUUUCAAAUUGUCUUUUUUUUUUUUUUUAAGGUCAGAUGGAAAUCUGUGUUUAUUUUUAAUUCUAUUCCCUUCAAAAAAAUAAAAAUAAAAGAUCAUGACCAUCCAAAUCAGAUCUGACUGGUUUAUGCUAAAGAUGUACAGAGGAUCUAAAUUAUCUUUAGGUCGCUGCCAUGAGAUAGAUUGGUCAUCCUGUCUGAAUCAUCCUUUGCUGAAAAUUAUGUUUUUAUUAUAUCUAUAAUAGGCUUUUUCAAAUGCAAAUUUCCUUCUGUUAUGACUUACAGACACUGUUGAUUGAGACCUCUUAAUUAAUAAUAUUUUUAAAAACUUGAUAAAUGAUAGAGCGCAAUGACAUUAUAUAAUCCAUGUAGCUGAUCCCACCUAGUGGUAUAAAGUUUUUUGUUGUUGUUGUUGUUGUAUGACUGACAGAGGGGUUUAGGUUUGGCCUUUGAAACAUUUCAGAUGCAAACUGUUACAAGUUUGGCACCAUUUAUUGAGGAUUUCUUAUUGCAUCAGUGCAUCGCCAUCGUCAAUAUGAGCGUAUUUUGUAUGUACUCUUUUCAGGCACGGAUUUGUCCACUUUCCAACCAUACCUACUUUUUCCAGCCUUGCACCCUUUUCUUCAUCUGGUAUAAAAAUUUAGUCUUUAUGCCACCCCUUUCCUGACUUGUUGUAUAAAGUUUAUCAUCUUUAGAUUUUUUAAAGAACAAGAAAGCCUUAAUCUAUUAUAAAUUUAUAACGCAAAAAGUUCUCUCAUCUAAAUAUAACUGAAAAGCUUUGUUCUCUUCUCAUAUAUAUGUUUAUAAUGUUUUAUGUUUUUUUGAGCACAUGAGCAUAACCUUAACUAGUUGCUAAUCUAAUGAUAAAUAGGAGUUAUAUCCUUAAAAUUCCAAGCUCUUAUUAUUCAUCAGCAAAAUAGCUAAAAAUUUCUAUAUUCUAAACAAAGCAUGUUCAAAAUGAACCCUGAAGAAAAGGAUCACUUUAGAAGGCAUGAAACUUGAGGAAUGUUGGAGGCAGAACUUUUGCCAUGAGCAUUUGUGCAGGUGGCCCUGGUCUUCAUUUUAGGAUUAGAUGAUGUAAUUUUGAUGUCGUCCAACACAAGGUUGGUGCAUCCUACAACAUUGUCACACUCCAAUUUGACUGCUUCCUCAAAAGCUGAAGUUCCCCUGAAAUUCCUGUAUGUAAUGUCACUGAUUUUUAUAGCCUUUUUGUUGUCAGUUAGAGAAAUAUUGUAGUGUUGGGUAAUGAGCACUGGGUGCUGAACAUCUUCCAGUAUUAUGUCCUCAUAUGUGACCUUUCUAACAUAUCCAAAUCCACCCUGGUUUUGAACAGCGUAACAUAAUUGUAGUUAGUCAAAACAUGAUUGAAUGAGAAUGUUAAUAAUUUAAUUGUGACGUAAAAAUGGAUAAGACUAAUUAGACUAAAUAACAAAAUCAUAGAGAAAAAGAGAGAAACCAGAUUGCAAAUGGAAUAUAAAUGAUUGUUGGGUCUUUCUUCCUAGUACAUGUGUUAUCAACUCUCUUGUAAAGCUUUUUCGAAACUUAAUGUGCUUGUAGUUGGUUUUGAACAUGAUUAAGUUGAAUUUUUCUGGAAGUUAUUUUCUUCAGUUUCUCACUGAAAGUAUAUUUUUUAAUUUAGAACUUCCAAUUUAAAAACAACAGUUGAUUCACAUACACGGGAUCAUCUUAAAGUGUUUGGGGAUUAUUUUUGAAAGUUCUAGUUGAAACCUUGAUCUUAAUUGCUAACCGGUAUAAAGACACUCUAAUAUUAAUCUAAAUAUGACUUGUGAUUAUCUUUUUAUUACUAAAUCAUCAUUUGUUUUGGAUUUUGCAGUUCAAAAUCAUUUUAUUUUACUCUUUUGUGUGUUACCUCCCAAGUCUUGAUUCUGGCUCCACUUGAAGAUCUGGUGAAGGUGCAGUUUCUGACGUGGAUCUCUUCCACUGCACCAUAAGUUCCACCUGAUCCCAGGCUUCCAAUGCUAAACAUGUAUAUAUUCACCAGCACACAGGCCACAGAGACUUUUAUAGAUUAGUUAUUGAACACAUGUAAAUUUCUUGUAUGGUGUAUGUAUAAAUAUGUAUGUAUGUAUGUAUGUAUGGAUGGAUGGAUGUAUAUAUGAUUGAAAAAGUAGGAUUUUGAUGUGAGAUCACCUUAUGCCA